AGCGUAUCGUAUACCACUCGCCAGUCACAACUCGUGGUAGACGGCCGCGCGCGCGCAUACAUACUCGGAUGCUGCGCGGACAUCGCGAUGUAACCGUGUGUUAUUUAAGUUGCAACAAAAUCAGUGCUCUGUGAGUGUGGCUACUAAUUGCGUUCAGAAAGAGCUACAAAACUACCCUAGACAGGGCGAUGUUAAGUGCGGCGAUAGCGGCGCUGGCGUGCCUAUGCUUGGCGCGGACGUCGCCGCCCGACACGCAUCCGUUCCGAGCGUACGCACUGUACACACCAAAGGAUUUAUCUAGCAUCUUAGCAAACAUUGACGAGAGACUGCGAAUGCUUGAUACUAUGAGUGCAGUUCAAGCGAAACAGGCGAGGAAACUCGACGUUAUACAAGACAAACUUGACCGUGUGGAGACCACAUUAUCGCUGAGGCUUGAAAGAGCACAGUUAGCAGCAGAAAGAUUAGAACACAGAUUACACAUGUUGCAGACAAGUAUACAGGCUGCGGUGAAAGAGAGCAGUGAAAAAAUUGAACGAAGCCAGGCGAAGAUUGUCGAAAUCGCGAGCAACCUAACCAACCAUAUCAAUUCGCACUCUCGUUUACUGGAUAAGGUAAGCGGUACUUAUGCAGAUACGUGGCGACGGAGUCUGCUGCUAGAAUCCCUGAUGAGGGACGGCAUGUCACUCGUGAACGCGACGCGCCGAGAGCUGGCGGACGGGCUGCGAGCCCUGGCGCGGCGACAGAGAGACGCUCGCCUCAACUCUGCAGACCUGGAGGCAGCCUUCACGAGACGCCUCAACGACAACACUUUCAAAAUAGAUUUAAAGAUGCAAGAGGUACUAGAUACACAAAAGAGGUUUGUCGACUCUUGCCAGAGGGUUCAGCUAGACGAUCCCACCCAUGUGGCAGACGUUUUGGAUAAACUUAUAGAUUCACUUAUAAACAAAACUGCGUCCACUUUUCACGAACUGCAAAACAUCCAGAGCACAAUGCGUAAUCACGAUAACAGAGUUAUGAAACUACUCAACAGCCGACCAACUCAGAGUGACGCAACAUGCAAACGUCUCGAGAACGCAUUACGGAACACAACACACGUUUUCAAUGAGAAAGAACUGCAACAGCUGACAGAUAAGUUCAUAGGACUCACGAACCGAGCUGAUGCAGCGCUACAGAAGUUAGAAGGGCGCUUGAGUGACGAGGCAGAACUUCAACUACCAGAGUCGGAUAUUACAGCCGCAGCAAAUAAAUUGAUGCAGAAGUUGAAUGGUAUCAAAGGUGAGGAAGACUCUGGAGAGAUUGAUUGGGGAGAUGAUGAACAAGAUAUGGGAUAUUUUGAUGGGGGCGGUGAUGAUUUCAUGGAUGAAGAUGAUAAUGUCAUCACUAUAACAGAAAAGCCCGAAACAACAACAACAACAAUGAGAAAUGUGCCUGUAAGAUCUCCCCAUCGGAGACAUCUGCACAAACAUCCAUAUGACCGUGGUCCAUCAUUGAAAAACAUUCCUGGUUUAUAAUAAUUGUAAGCUUGUGAUAUAUAUUAUACACACUAUAAAUAACUUUGAUGCCAUAACAA